UGGUGUGAUCCAAGCUUAGAUUGGCCCCAGCAGCCACUCUGCCGUGCCUCCGGUUAUAAAUGACGCCCGUCUCUUGACGUGAGGAAGCCACAAGCCCUCUUCUUCCUCCUCUAGUCAAGCUAGCUAGCUAGCAUAUACCAAUAAUCCACGGCCAUGGCUAACUCACUGCCCAUCGCCGUGCUCCUUCUGCUGCUGCUCUCCCCAGCUGCUCUCGCCACGGCCGUCUUCCCCGACUCCGGUGACUCCUUCCACGCCGUGUCCUGCCCGCAGCUGGACACCAUCGUGCUCACCACCGUGCAAGCGGCGCUCCGUCAGGAGAUCGCUCUCGCCGCCGGCCUCAUCCGGAUCUUCUUCCACGACUGCUUCCCCCAGGGCUGCGACGCCUCCGUGUACCUCAUGGGCACGGGCGCCGACGAGAUCUCCCUGGGCCCGAACCUCACGCUCCAACGCCGGGCCAUGCAGCUCGUGGAGUCCAUCCGGGCCAAGGCCCACGCCGCCUGCGGCCCAACCGUCUCCUGCGCCGACGUCUCCGCCCUGGCAACCCGGGCCGCCGUCGUCGCCUCCGGCGGGCCGUCCUACUCCGUGCCCCUCGGCCAGCUCGACAGCUUCGCCCCGGCCCCCCGGGACAAGGUGUUGGACCUCCCGGGGCCCAGGACGGCCAGCGUGGCGGAACUCGUGGCGACGUUCGCGACGCGUGGCAUGGCCGACGUGGCGGACCUCGUGGCGCUCUCCGGCGCGCACACCGUCGGCCGCUCCCAGUGCGACUCCUUCGCUGACAGGUCGGGACGCAUGGACGACACCUUCUCCAGGAAGCUGGCAGCCAACUGCAGCAAGCACAAGGACCGCCUGCAGAACCUCGACGUCGUCACCCCUGAUUUGUUUGAUAACGGGUAUUACAAGGCGCUGACGUUUAACCAGGGCGUGUUCACCUCUGACAUGGCGCUCAUCAAGAACAGGACCUCGGCCGCCAUUGUCAGGCAGUUCGCGGAGAGCAAGGAGGCGUUUUUUGCGCAGUUUGCGAGGUCCAUGACCAAGCUGGCUAACGCGCCCAGGCCGGGGGGUAAUGUCGGUGAGAUCCGCCGGAACUGCUUCACGCGCAACGUCCGCCAGGGCGCGGAUGCGACCAUCGAGCUCGCCGGGGAAGAAGAGGGAUUCAAGGCUUCAGCUUGAUCUUGAAGGUUGAAGAUCAAGCUUUCCUUUCUAAAUUAGUAGUGCUUACUUAAUGUCUGUCGUCUGUUUCUUCAGAGCUUGUACGUGUUUCCUGUCUUUGUUUUUGGUCCUUCGCGGGUAGGAUGCAAUAAAGAAACGACUUAAGGUGGUACUUGCAA